AUGAAUGCAUAACAUACAGAGUUUAUAGAAAGCUAUAUUGAUUAAAGCAACAAUUUUAGCAAAACAAAACUCAUAGAUAAAACUGUAUAAAAUAAUGGAAUACAUAUGAAAUAAUAAUCCAUCUUAAGAUACUUAGUUUUGUUUUUGUCUAUCUGGAUCAUUAUUCCUUCGUUUUAUUGCUUCGACUAACCAGUGGCAAUAUAUAAAACUCUAUAAUAAUUAUUUCAAGAAGAUUAAACCAUUAAUUUUGACUUGUAUUUUGCAUCUCUCUACAUCAUUUAUGCUUUUGGGAAUGCCUUCUUUCCUCUUUUCACUGGUGGCAUGAGAGAUUGUCAUGGUGACAGAAUGAUUAUGACAUAUAUUGUAGCUAUUAUGAUAAUGGGAUAACUGACCUUUACUAUAGGAGUCUAUUUUAAAUCGUUUUUAUUAAUGAUUUUAGGUAGGCUACUUUUAGGUUGCGGUAUUGAGUCAUUGUUACCAUUAUGGUCAUCUUUUUUGGCCCCAUUUUUUAAGAAUAGUAUUUCAAUAGUUCUGAGUAUAUUGCAACUAUUUUCAUAAAUCGGUUUAGUACUAUCUAUAUAUCUAACUCCAAUUAUUUAAAAACAAUAUAAUUUGAUGAUAUCCUUGAUGAGUGGGAUAGUUUUUAUAUUAGUUGGCUACAUUUUAUUAUGUCUUGGCUUUCUAAUAGACAAGAAAUUAGAAAAUGAAAAUUAUUUAUCCUCUUAUAGACAACUUCAACCCAGCAGUGAUAUCAUACUAACUGAAGAUACAAAAAUAAUUAAUAAACUCUAUUUCUUUAAGUUCAAAGAUUUUAAGAUAUUUCCCUAAAUGUUUUGGCUACUUUUAGCCUUUAACUCAAUGUUUUUUUGUUCAAUCGUCACACUUGUGAACGUAUCAAUAUAUAUUAUGGCAUCUGUAUUAUUUGAUACUAAUAAUCAAAUCGAAGAAUUAGAUAUUGCAUUAUUUUGGAUGUUAGGCUGUUUAUCCCUAUUCAUCAUUGGCCCUUUGGUUUAAUAUUUUACUUAUAGAAGGUACUUAAUCAUUGUUUCUGUUAUCAUUAUCAUUAUUGGCCACAUCUAGUACUUAACCUCUCCUCACAUAGGUCUAAUUAUUUUAGCAGUUGGUUAUUGUUUAUCAUUUGUUUGCACAUGGAGUGCAAUUAUCUACAUAAUCAAAUUGAAAUCAUUUGGCAAAGCUUUUGGCCUCACAGUAGGAUUUUAAAAUCUAAUUUUCGUGUUUAUGCCUUUUUUAUUAGAUGUUGUGAACAGAAACAUUAUGGGCACUUUCAAAGUAUUAAUAUCGUUCUCAUUAUUUGCUUUAAUUUUAGCUAUUCAGAUUCUAGUUGAGGAUAUAAGAUGCUUCAACAUUUUGGAUAAUAAAUUGGCUCCCAUGCAAUUCGCAAAAAUGAAUAAUGUAAGCAAUGAAGAGAAUAAUAAUAAUGAUACUGAUUUGUUUGCAGAAUACUUAGAAAAGCCCUAAUGAGAAAUGAAAUAAUUAUUAUUAAUAAAGAAUAAUUAUUAUUAAUUGCUUUUAUCAA